UACUACUUAAAAAUCAUGUCCUUUCCUCUCUCAUAAUACAUUACCUAGCUAUAGCUACAUAGAUGAGUGAGUCUAACUUUUAAGACUAGCGGUAGACUCGGAUCCUGUCUCCUUUCAUUUCAGUUUCAUACCAAAAAAAUUAAAUUAAAUAAAAAAUCUCAUUUCUUCAUAUAACCAUCCAAUCCUUCUUCUCUCUCUCUCUGUGAGCAGUAAAGAAGAUGAGUGACCUAUAUGGGUUACCGGAGGAUCUCCGGCGGUUGAUAACAUCAUCAAGAAACACUACACAUCUACCAGCAGAACCACCAUGUUUGUAUGGUGGUGCUGCUACUUUUCCUCCACCAAAUUAUUCCUAUGACCCUAUGAUGGUUGGUGAUGUUUUCUACCCUCGUAGUAACUUCACUCACCACCACUAUGACUAUUCCUCCACUGUUAACCCUACAACUACCACUAUAGCUGCUGCUUCAAAUUCAGAUCAUGCUACUGCUUCUACUGCAUUCUGUGUAGGUUUAGAAACUUCUGAUAAAGGAUGGCUUGGUAACUUUGAUUCUUGUAACAACAGAUGGCCCAGACAAGAGACUCUUUCUCUUCUAGAAAUCAGAUCUCGUCUUGAUUCUAAGUUCAGAGAGAAUAAUCAGAAAGCACCCUUGUGGAAUGAAAUUUCUAGGAUAAUGGCUGAGGAAUUUGGGUACCAAAGAAGUGGAAAGAAAUGCAAAGAAAAGUUUGAGAAUUUGUACAAGUAUUACAAGAAGACCAAGGAAGGUAAAGCUAGUAGACAAGAUGGUAAGCACUAUAGAUUUUUCAGACAGCUUGAAGCAAUAUGUGGAGAACCAAACACAAAUUCUCACGCCUCAACUUUAGACAAAAUUACCCCUAAUGCUUCCUUUGUUGCUACUCAAACUCCAACCUUCACAAUUAACCAAGAAAAUACUAAUGGUGUUGAUCACAAUUUGAUCCAUAACCACAAGUACUCACAAAGCCUAAGUUUCUCGAACUCGUCUGAAUUUGAGACAUCCUCAUCUGAAAAUAACGAUGAGGAUCUCUCAACUAUUGCACACACUAUGAAAUCGUCGAAGGAGAAAGGGCAAAGUGGUCAUAGGAGGGCAAGGAAAAGUUGGAGAGGUAAAGUUGAGGAGAUUGUAGAUUCUCACAUGAAAAAUAUUAUUGAGACUCAAGAUGCUUGGAUGGAGAGAAUGUUGAGUGUUGUUGAACAAAGAGAACAAGAGAUGGCAUCAAAGGAAGAAGAAAGGAAGAGAAAAGAGUCAAUGAGGUUUGAUCAAGAAAUACAUGAACUUUGGGCUAAAGAAAAAGCAUGGGUUGAAGCAAGAGAUUCUGCAUUGUUAGAAGUUGUAAGAAAACAUAUUGGGAUACAACUUGAAGCACCAAAUAAGAGUAAGAGCCAAGAAGCAAAUGAUACAACAAAUUAUGAAUACCCUUUUGAAAGUGUGGAUAAUAUUCAUAGAUGGACAGAAAUGGAGAUUUCAAAUUUGAUACAACUAAGGAGUGGUUUUGAACAUCAAGUAAGAGAAAAGGGAUAUUUGGAUGACGGUGUUUGGGAUGAAAUAGGUGAAAGAAUGGUUUAUAUGGGAUUUAAUAGGAAUGGAGCUGAGUGCAAGAAAAUAUGGGAUGAUAUUAGUAUGUCUCUAAGAAGGACAGUGGACUGUGGAGUCAAAAACACAAGGCCUUGGUGUUUGGGACUUAAGGUGACAGAUGAUGACGACCUUUGACACAAUUCAUGUAACACAUGCACAUGAAUCAGAGUUUUUUGGUUCUGAGCAUGAAAAAGGGUCAUUGACUUGCAAGUUUGGUUCAUUGAAAAUCACAAGGUGUGUAAGACUCUAGCUAGACCAUGUCUUUUAUAAGUUUAAAUAGGUUGUAUGUGUACGUAGGACUAAUGCUUGAGUGUAAGCUCAUUGACAUUUGUUGUUUAAUUUUAUUGACAUCAAAUGCAUAUGCUUGAGUUCUAUAAUGAAUCAUAUUUAUGAA